AUGUCUCGAUACGAUUUUCUCGAAACAUUAAGACAGUCAAUUUUUAUGAUUGCAGAUUUGCAAAAACUUCAAAAAGAAAAAAAUGAAGAAAUAAAUUCUUAUACGAAAAAUGAAGCUGGUAUUGUUGUAGUUGAUGCACUGCAAAUGAAGAAAUAUAAACAAACAUCCAUGGAGAUCGACAUUCUAAAUAUAUUGGUGCCACACUUCCGUGAAAUGAUCAAUGAAAAAAUCGAGAAUGCUACAACAGGCUUAAAUAUAUCUUCUAAUCAUUUUAUUGGUGGACAUAUUGACGAUGUAAUUGCCCACGACGAUGGUUCUUGA